AUGUCCUUCGACUUGGACGAUGACGAAACGCUUAUAUCGAUAUCGCGCACCGAUAGAUAUGAAGGCGAAGACACGAGUCCUACUACCGACCGCGAAUUGAAAGCUUGGUAUGCUUAUCCAAUCGCGGCCGAAGUCUUCGCUGUAGUCGCAGUGGGUGCAUUUCUCCCAGUGAUUCUCGAGCAAUUGGCCAGAGAAAAUGGCGUUUUCUUCUCCGAUCAUUCAACACCGUGUGUUGAUCAUUCCGCUUCCGGAAGACUCCGGAUACGCGAAAAUGCAGGCCAGAAGGCCGAAGGAGGAGACUCUGAGCAAUGCAUGGUGAGAUAUCUUGGGAGAGACAUGUCAACGAGCAGUUUUGCGAUGUACACCUUCUCUACCGCUGUAUUACUUCAAGCUGUGGUCUUGAUAUGUUUUAGUUCCUUCGCUGAUCAUGGCCCGUACCGCAAGAAGAUGCUCAUGUUCACAUCAUACAUGGGCGCACUAGCAAGUUGUCUCUUCAUUUUCAUCUCGCCAUCACUAUAUUACUUGGCUCCAAUCCUAGUAAUCGUUGGCGUUUCAAGUCUAGGCUGUUCAUUCGUGCUGCUAAACGCAUUCCUACCGCUACUCGUCGCCAACCACCCAGAUAACAACACGACCGGAAAAUCAUUCACAUCUGAUUCAGCGUCAGACGUCGAGCUGGAGUCCCUGAAUCCCACCAGUGGACCUCCUUCGUCUGCACACCACCACUUGGACCCAAAUCGAUUGAAGCGGGAUUUAGAGCGAAGUGCGCAAAUCUCAAGUAAAGGCGUGGGGUAUGGCUACAUGUCCGCUGUCUUCGUACAGGUUUUGGCUAUCUUGAUAAUCUAUCUCUUCAGCAAAACUAGUCUUUCGAAAACCUCGCCUAGCCUCUCCAUUCGAGUUAUCCUAUUCAUGGUCGGCCUAUGGUGGGCCAUCUUCUCCAUUCCAACAUUAUUGUGGCUACGUCCGAGACCAGGUCCACCGCUGCCCACCCAGAAUAACCAGAGCUUUUCCGGAGGGAAGUCGUCGAGAUUGCGCACGUUCUUGUUCUACACGUCCUUUUCUUUGCGUAGCUUCUGGGGAACACUCAGGAGAGCGAUAAGACUACGACAGACAUUGCUCUUUCUGAUAUCGUGGUUCCUGCUAUCAGAUGCAGUAGCAACAAUAUCUGGAACUGCGGUCCUCUUCGCACGCACAGAGUUGCAUAUGGGCACAAUUGCCAUCGCUUUAUUGUCCAUAACGUCCAUCGGAUCCGGCAUCAUAGGCGCAUUCGCAUGGCCGCAUGUACAGAGGCGCUAUGGAUUACAGCCAAAGACGGUACUGCUGUGUUGUGUAGCGGGCAUGGAAAUUAUCCCAUUAUACGGAUUACUCGGAUUUAUCCCUCUGUUCAAGAGCUUGGGGUUUAUUGGUUUGCAGAAAGCAUGGGAGAUUUACCCAAUCGCCAUUAUUCAUGGAAUUGUCAUGGGUGGUAUAUCAUCGUAUGCACGAUCUGUAUAUGCUCCAUUGAUUCCAGAAGGCAGCGAGGCCGCGUUCUUUGCAUUAUAUGCUGUUACAGACAAGGGUAGCAGUGCUUUCGGUCCAGCUCUCGUAGGUUGGAUUGUCGACCAGGCGGGUACGAUACGCCCUGCCUUCAUCUUCCUGGCUGUAUUGGUAGUGCUACCAGCACCACUUUUGUGGCGAUUGGACGUCGAGAAGGGGAGGGAAGACGCGCGUGCCAUGGCAGACGGAGAUGUUAAAGGACGGGGGAUGUAUGAGAGGGUUCGUGAAGAAUAA